UUUCCCAUCUCUCGUGAUGGAAGAAGGCGAUGUGAGAUGGGAGGAGCUGAGGCGCGAAGCUCGCAAGAUCGAAGGCGACCUCGAUGUCAAGCUCUCGUCCUACGCCAAGCUGGGAGGAAUGCUGGCGCACGGAGCUUGGUAGGGUAUGUGGAUUCCCCCUCCACCACAGACGGGCAUGGCGCCGGGGCCGGCGAUGUGGCCUACAAUUCCAUGGAGAUGGAAAUCGAGUCGCUGCUGGAGAAGCUCCUGGAUCUCAACGAUGCAAUGAGCCGCUGCGUCGCGUCGGCGACGUCGACUGCUUCGAUCAGCCAGAAGCUCGCGCGGCAUCGCGAUAUUCUCCACGAGCUCACCCAGGAAUUCCGAAGAACAAGAGGGAAUAUCAACUCCAUGCGAGAGCAUGCCGAUCUCUUGUCAUCGGUCCGGAGCGAGAUCAGUGAAUUCAAGGCCUCUGGGAAUGUUUCGCCGGGGCCAAGUCUACUCCGAGAGCGUGCUGCUAUCCACGGAAGCAUCUCCCAGAUCGACGAUGUCAUCGGCCAAGCUCAAGCGACCAAGGCCGCUCUCUCGUUCCAGAGGUCGACGUUUCUCGAGAUCCAGGGCAAGAUGAAGCAGCUCAGUGAUAGAUUUCCUAUCGUUCGAAGCCUUCUUGGUGCUAUCAAGAGAAAGCGUUCCAGAGAUACGUUGAUACUCUCGGCCGUGAUCGCAUUUUGCCUUCUCUUUUUGCUGAUUUACUGGAUGGCCAAGUGACAGGAGUUUUUUUCCAUGCUUUUGUCUAUAUAAGUUUCCAAGGCAAGCUCCUGGCGAAAGCAUUGUUCCUCUAGAAUUUGCGUGCUCAAAAUUCCACGAUUAUAGGCAGACCUUUUCGCUCCGGAGAGAAUAGAAAUCAAACCAGCUCACUCGUUACUCCUCAAUGUAGCAGCCUAUUCCAUGCACAAGGUCGAAAUUUCGAGAAAGAACGAGGAAAGGAGAAAGAUUUGUGCCUGCUGAGGAUUAAGUAGCGAGAGGAUCUUCUUGAAGACUUUCUCCCAUGGUUGCAAUUAUAACACAAUUGUAACAUAAUUUUUUUGUUGCAA